AUGGAACAAAAAGUAGAAAACAUUGAAUCGACUACUACUUUACAUUCUCCUUCACAAAUAGUUCCAUCUCAGCUGGCUUCACGUGUAAAGCCACGAAUUCUUAUAGUUGGAAUUGUGCAAUGGGCGCGUCAGGAAGUAUAUUUGAUGUCAGCUAAAUAUGAGUUUGAGAUGUGUACAGCCGAAAAUCGGGAACAAUUUAUAGAAUUCUGUCGCGAAAAGUAUCAAGGCGUGGUAGCUAUCUAUCGAAAUAAUGUGAUUUCUGAUCGAAUUGGAAAUUUUGACGAAAUCUUGAUUUCAAAACUCCCUGAUUCUGUAAAAUUUAUUUGUUAUUAUGGCAUAGAUUACGAUACGAUUGAUAUUGAGGCUUGUUGCAAAAAAAAAAUUAUGGUCUCUAAUACGCCGGAACCCGUAUACAACGCCACAGCUGACACUGUAAUGCUUUUGAUAUUAUCUACUUGUCGAAAUGCGUUUGCUGCUCAGAAUAAUUUACGAAAUGGAAACUGGAACUUUGGCUUGCGGCGAGGAAUUAAUCCCAACCGAAAAAUUUUGGGAAUCUAUGGAAUGGGAGGAGUUGGAAAGGUAGUUGCAAAAAAAGCAUACGCAUUUCGAAUGAAAAUUCAAUAUUAUAGUCACAGUCGAUUAGAUAUUGGCACCGAAGCACAAUUGCACGCCGAAUAUGUCCCCCUUGAUCAAUUUUUCCGGACCUCAGACAUUAUUUCAUUAGACUUGCCAUUGCGACCAGACACCAAACACAUAAUCGGUCAAGAAGAACUCUCGAAAAUGAAACGAGGCGUAAUAAUAAUUAAUGCUUCUGCGGGAGGGUUAAUUGAUGAGCAAGCCCUAGUGGAUGCUCUUGAUUCUGGACAGGUUGCUUCAGCAGGGCUAGAUGUGUUCGAAAACGAGCGGUCAAUUCAAACAAGCCUGUUACGUCGCGAGAAUGUAACUUUAUUACCCCAUAUUUCGACAUUCACCCGUGACACUGAGUACGAGAUGGAAUUACUCGUGUUGCGAAAUUUGCAAUCAGCUUUGAGUACAGGCGUAUUGGUAAAUUUGGUUAAUAAGCAAAAUAUUGAACCGUCGUCAGAAUUAUUUACAUUAACUGGUGGAUUUUAA